GACCUCAGAGAGAGAGAGAGAGAGGAAGAGUGUGUCGCAGGGAAAAAAACAACACUUUUUACGACUCCUGCAAGCUGACUGCGGAACAUUGCUUUCACCUUUGUGGAUUUCUUUACGUGUGUGCAUUUUACAUGUAUUUUUUCUGUGUAUUGCCUGCUGCUGGUCUGAAAGAGACUUGUAUCCGGAUUUGAACGAAGGCGCAUCAGUGUUUUAACUCUGGAAGAAGCAACACGGCCGCUGGAUUUUUAUUUUAUUCUCUUUUAUUUUUGCUCUUUUCCACACUCAGAACAUCCCAGACGGGGCAUGACUGAUAUCUGGCAUCGACACAGGUGAAUAGUUUCCCUUGCUUGCGAUAAGAACUUUUCCUCGUCAUUAACAUUGCGGAUAAAAAAUACACUUUUUAAAGAUGUCAAAGCCUGCUGACCACAUCAAGAGACCCAUGAACGCGUUCAUGGUUUGGUCCCGGGGCCAGAGGAGAAAAAUGGCCCAGGAGAACCCCAAAAUGCACAACUCUGAGAUCAGCAAGAGACUGGGCGCCGAGUGGAAGCUGCUGUCCGAGUCCGAGAAGAGACCGUACAUCGACGAGGCUAAGCGGCUGCGCGCCCAGCACAUGAAGGAGCACCCCGACUACAAGUACCGGCCCCGGCGCAAACCCAAGAACCUGCUGAAGAAGGACAGGUACGUUUUCCCGCUGCCUUACCUCGGGGACACCGAUCACUUGAAGGGACUCCCGAUGUCCGCCGAGUCCCUGCUGUGCCACUCGGAGAAAGCCCGAGCCUUCCUGCCGCCGACCUCCCCGUACUCCUUCCUCGACCCGAGCCAGUUCACCUCCAGCGCCCUCCAGAAGAUGACGGAGAUGCCCCACGGGCUGAGCGCUAGCUCUUUGCCGUACGCUUCCUCUUUGGGAUACCAGAACGGCGCGUUCGGCACCCUUGGGUGUCCCAGCCAGCACACCCACACCCACCCAUCGCCCACUAACCCGGGCUACGUGGUCCCGUGUAACUGCACGGCCUGGUCCACGUCCAGUUUACAGCCCCCGGUGGCCUACAUACUUUUUCCAGGUAUGACCAAGACUGGGCUAGACCCAUAUUCAUCCGCACACGCCACUGCCAUGUAACCCUCAAGACUCUUUAUUUCUUUUCUAUUCACUUGAAUACUGAAAUCAAUGCAUGUAAAUAUAUUAUGGACAGCGCGCCCAUUCAAAGGCAUGAACAGUAUUAACUGCCUUGGACUUGUAAUGGCAAAAAAGAGAAAAAAACUAACUUUUCCAGAAACCGAACAAGUUCCUGAGCUGAGCAGAAGAGCUGCUGCAGAGGACCCUGGAACUGUAAGAAAUGUAAAUGUUAUAACGUGUAUGGCAACCAGAAAAAGGGAGGCCUUUAACUUUAUUUAUUGUACAUUUCAAUGCUGAUAUGCUGAUUUUUGUUGAUUAUUGAUAGGGAACUCUUUUAUUUUGGAAAAUUUGGCUUGCACAAUUAGCAUUCUUAUUUCCUGUAUAGGCCUAACUAUAGUCUGAGUUUUUGGCACUCGUAAUUUUAUGAUGUUCUGGAUUAUAGGGUCAAAAUCAGGACCUAUAGGCUGGAUUAUUUACGGGUCAUAUUGUUUAUAUUUAUCAAAAACUGGCACAUUAAACUAGACGGUCUAUUUAAGAUGACAAAAAGAAAAAACAUACAAAUGUUUUAUUUUCAUUUUUCCUGUGGUUCAGUGCUAAUAUCUCGCGUCAUUUUUUGUUUUGUUUUCCUUUUUUAAUCAGGAUAACUUCUAUUUGAAUUCAAGGAGUUAAAUGUGUAUUAUGAUCUAAGAUGGUAAUUUAAAACCUGUCAUAUUAUGGAAAGGAUAAUGUAUCUUGAAGGUUGAUACCUCCUGCUCUUUGUUCAAUUGCUGAGCAAAGGCGUUUCGAAAUAAAGACAAUCUGUCUUCAACGCUAUCAAUGUCCUGUAUUUGUAGCUUAUUAUUGGGUACUUGAGAUGACAGAGAUAGUGGAAUGCUGUGUAGGUGCUGCGGGGAAGGAAACUUGGCAAUGCCUCAUUAAAUAUCAUUUAAAUUAGGAACAAAAAU